CAGAUAAAACCAGACAAAGGUUAUGGUCAGUCUCUCCUCCAGGAGAAAGAGAAGAAUCCUCUUUUUCUCCUUGCCAAAAUGGCUACUAAUCUCUCAUUUCGUGCAUACUCCGGGCCGGAUUAUUCAUCAUCUAAAUUCCAAACAUUUACCAGAAACCCUAAUUGCUCUUUCCGUUUCAGAAAAUCAAUCAAAUCAUCAACUCGCAACAAUGUCAAGAUCACCACCCUCGAAAUUUUUUCCCAACAGCAACGAAAACAGCAAAUCAAGCCCUCUAUUACACCUAUUCGGGUCAAGGAUCCUGACCCGGAACUGGACCCGCCUUCUCACUUGCCUUUCUUUAGUUCGCUUUCGCGUCUUACUGGCAGCUUAAGAGGUGGUCUUAGAGUAGAUGAGCUUGGCUUGGAGAUUAUAUCGAUCGCAUUGCCUGCUGCAUUGGCUUUGGCUGCUGACCCGCUCACGUCGCUGGUUGAUACAGCUUAUGUUGGUCAUUUGGGAUCUGUUGAAUUAGCUGCAGUAGGGAUAUCAGCUUCUGUAUUCAAUCUGGUGUCCAAAUUAUUUAAUGUUCCAUUGCUCAAUGUUACGACAUCCUUUGUUGCUGAGGAGCAGGCAUCCAUAUGUAAGGGCUCCGAGGGUUCUAGUCAAAGCGGCAAUGACUGUGAAGUUAAGCGCCAAGGAAAAAAAAUUCUCCCCUCUGUAUCAACUUCGUUAGCUCUUGCAACUGGCAUUGGCGUUGUAGAGGCGGUUGUGCUCUCAGUUGGCUCCAGUUUCUUGAUGAAUAUCAUGGGUAUACCUCUUGUACGUCAAACUAAUCUGAUUGCAACCCGUUUUCUUACCUUGAGGGCCUUUGGUGCUCCAACUAUUGUUAUUGCACUUGCUGCUCAUGGUGCUUUUCGUGGAUUUAAGGAUACUAACACCCCUCUGAAUGCUAUUGGUGCUGGGAACUUAUUGAAUGCAAUACUGGAACCAGUUUUUAUAUUUCUCCUUGAUCUUGGAAUUGUUGGUGCUGCAGCUGCAACUGUGAUAUCUGAAUAUUUGAUAGCUUUUAUUCUUCUCUGGAAGUUGAACGAUGAAGUAUCACUUCUCUCUCCAAAAAUUGAUGGAAAAAGACUCGCUGGCUAUCUAAAGUCUGGUGGUCUUCUUAUUGCUAGGACUAUUUCAGUCGUUGUGAUUAUGACACUAGGAACAUCCAUGGCCGCUAGAGAGGGACCUGUACCAAUGGCCGGUCAUCAAAUUUGCAUACAAGUUUGGCUGGCAGUGUCUUUGCUCACAGAUGCAUUAGCUCUUGCUGGACAGGCUCUCCUUGCCACUGAUUACUCUCAAGGCAAUUUUGAGCAAGCACGCCAAGUGAUUGACAGAGUUCUGCAGAUUAGUUUUGUGACAGGAGUUGCUUUGGCGGUUUCUUUAUUCCUCGGAUUUGGAGCAUUUUCUAGUUUAUUCACAACAGAUUCAGAAGUAUUGGAGAUUGUUCAGUCUGGUACUCUUUUUGUUGCCGGAUCUCAGCCAGUGAACGCUAUUGCCUUUGUUCUUGAUGGACUUUAUUAUGGGGUUUCUGACUUUGGAUAUGCUGCCUACUCUAUGGUACUUAUUGGAUUGAUCUCUUCUAUAUUCUUACUUGUGGCUGCUCCCAUAUAUGGUCUUGCUGGGGUUUGGGCAGGACUGUUUCUCUUCAUGACCUUGCGUGUAGUAGCUGGAUUUUGGAGGUUGGGCAUGAAAAGUGGACCGUGGAAAAUGGUACUGUCCAAGGCGGAGGAGAGUGAAUGAGAUGUGUUUAAGGCUCUAAAUGUCUAGCCAAUGUUAUUGAAAGUUUUCAGAGUCAACAUGGAAAAUGCUUCAGUUACUUGGUGUCCUAUUAUGGUCUCCAAAUGCCUAUCUUUAUCCAAGGAAUACGAAUUGAUGAUCAAAUUGGAUUUUACGCAGCUGACUGAGAGGUUUUAGAAAAUGUAGCUAAUUUGAAGUAACAGAUGCAGCUGAGGGCGUCAAAGGCAAAGAUAUUCAUAUUCUUUUACUGGCAUUUAUUGCUCAUCCUGCAGUGUCUCUAGCAGCAAUAUAGUUCUUUAAAAUGCGUAUUAAAACUGCAAAUCAGAGAAUAGCAUGUGCAAGAUGGUAACAAAUUUGUCUGGACAUGCAUAUCUGUUAUGUAAGAUCAGCUCUGGUAUAUCAUGUGUUUUAGGGUUCAGAGCUGAGGUAUUUUUUCAAAGAAAGAAAAAGGAAGGAUUCACUUUAGACAGAUACAUCAUGUUUGACCUUCAGACUAAUUGCGAGCUGAGACUGAGGAAAA